AGAAAAACAGAGCGGGGCCAACUGCAGAGUGUAGUGCGAGUUGGGCAGGACGCGCGCAGCCGGCCCGCCCGCCCGGAGACCCGCAAGGAGUGGCAUUUAUUGGAAGAGUUUGUGAGACCUUCUCUCUGCCCACAGCUCCAGGACCAAUGCGUCUUUCCAGCACCUUAAACCACUGGUGAAUAUAGCCCCAGUUACAGAAGACUUGUCCUAUCACCACCAUGAGCUCUGAAUGCGAUGUUGGUGCUUCCAAAGCUGUGGUGAAUGGUUUGGCACCGGGCAGCAAUGGGCAAGACAGAGACACGGAUCCUACAAAAAUCUGCACUGGGAAGGGAGCGGUGACUCUCCGGGCCUCAUCCUCCUACAGGGAGAUUCCAAGCGGUAGCCCUGUGAGCCCUCGGGAAACCCCGCAAGAGGAAAGGAAACCAGUUCUGGAGUCAGAGAAUUCCUCAGCAGAUGAGUGGAGGCUUCCUUCCAAUGCUGAUGCCAAUGGAAACGCCCAGCCCUCUCCACUCGUUGCCAAGGGCUACCGAAGCGUGCAUCCCAACCUUCCUUCCGACAAGCCUCAGGGCUCAAGUCCUCUACUAAAUGAAGUUUCUUCAUCGCACGUUGGAACUGAUUCCCAGACCUUUGCACCAGUUAGCAAGCCAUCAUCUGCCUACCCCUCCACGACAAUUGUCAAUCCUACUAUUGUGCUCUUGCAACACAAUCGAGAACAGCAGAAACGACUCAGUAGCCUUUCAGAUCCUGUCUCGGAAAGAAGAGUGGGAGAGCAGGACUCAGCACCAACUCAGGAAAAACCCACCUCCCCUGGCAGGGCUGCUGAGAAGAAGGUGAAGGAUGACAGCAGGCGGGUGGCAAAGAGCACUCAGGACCUAAGCGAUGUUUCCAUGGAUGAUGUGGGCAUCCCACUCCGGAACACCGAGAGAUCAAAAGACUGGUACAAGACCAUGUUUAAGCAGAUCCACAAACUAAACAGAGAUGAUGAUUCAGAUCUGUACUCUCCUCGAUAUUCCUUUUCUGAAGACACAAAAUCUCCCCUUUCUGUGCCUCGCUCAAAAAGUGAGAUGAACUACAUUGAUGGUGAGAAGGUAGUUAAGAGGUCGGCCACACUUCCCCUCCCGACCCGCUCUUCCUCGCUAAAAUCAAGCUCAGAAAGAAACGACUGGGAGCCUCCAGAUAAGAAAGCGGAUACAAGAAAAUACCGUGCAGAACCCAAAAGCAUUUACGAAUAUCAGCCGGGCAAGUCCUCCGUUCUGACCAACGAAAAGAUGAGUCGGGAUAUAAGCCCAGAAGAGAUAGAUUUAAAGAAUGAACCUUGGUAUAAAUUCUUUUCGGAAUUGGAGUUUGGGAAACCGCCUCCCAAAAAGAUAUGGGAUUAUACUCCUGGAGACUGCUCUAUCCUUCCUAGAGAGGAUAGAAAGACUAAUCUAGAAAAAGAUCUCAACCUCUGCCAAACAGAGUUAGAGGCAGAUUUAGAAAAAACGGAGACGCUUAAUAAAGCACCCAGUGCAAACCUGUCACAGAGCUCAGCAGUCAGCCCCACUCCGGAAAUUUCUUCAGAGCCUCCUGGAUAUGUAUUUUCUUCCAACUUCCACGCGGUGAAGAGGGAAUCAGAUGGGGCUCCUGGGGAUCUUACCAGCUUGGAGAAUGAGAGGCAGAUUUAUAAAAGCGUCUUGGAAGGAGGAGAUAUCCCUCUCCAGGGCCUGAGUGGGCUCAAGAGGCCAUCCAGCUCGGCCUCAACUAAAGUGGAUCAUAAAGGUGGGAAUGCUCACAUGAUUUCUUCAUCUUCAGUUCAUAGCCGAGCGGUUCACACUAGCAGUGUGUUAGGCCCCGGGUGUAAGCACAAGAAACCCCUGUCCGCUGCGAAAGCCUGCAUUUCGGAAAUCCUCCCCUCCAAGUUCAAACCCAGGCUCUCUGCUCCCAGCGCUCUUUUGCAGGAUCAGAAGAGCGUCCUGUUGCCAUCCGAAAAGGCUCAGAGCUGUGAGAACCUUUUUGUCUCGGUUCCUCUGAAUGAUUCCAAAAGAGGCCUCCCCCUGCAAGUGGGGGGCAGCGCGGAGAACCUGCUCGUGCGCUCCCGGCGGGACUACGACGGCAGGUCGAGCAGCACCAUGAGCCUGCAGGAGUACAGCACCAGUGCCAGGAGGCCCUGCCCACUCUUGAGGAAGGCUGGCCCGCAGUUCACCAUGCUCUACCGAGAUAUGCACCAGAUCAACCGGGCCGGCCUCUUCCUGGGGUCCGUCUCCUCCUCCAGUGUGCGGGAUCUUGCCUCCCACUUCGAGAGGAGCGGCCUGGCAUUGGCCAGGGGCGAGCUGGGCCCCAGCCAGGAAGGCUCGGAGCACAUCCCCAAGCACACCGUCUCCUCCCGCAUCACAGCUUUCGAGCAGCUGAUUCAGCGGUCCCGGUCCAUGCCGUCGCUGGACCUGUCCGGCAGGCUGAGCAAGUCCCCCACGCCCAUGCUGGCCCGGAGCGGCCUAACCUCUGCCCGCUCGGCCGAGUCCCUCCUGGCGUCAACCAAGCUCCGGCCCAGGGAGGUGGGCGGGCUGAACGCUGGGGGCAUCUAUGCCUCCCCGGCGUGUAGCCGGAUGGCGGACCCCACCUUGGGCUUCAGGGGCCUCGUGCCUUCCGAGCCGCUCUCCGCCUGCUCGGACGAGCUGGACCGCUGCUCAAACGUCUCCAGCGACAGCCGAGAGGGCAGCAGCGGCAGCAUUCACGGAGACUUCCCCAAACACCGCCUCAACAAGUGCAAGGGCACCUGCCCGGCCUCCUACACCCGCUUCACCACCAUCCGUAGGCACGAGCAGCAGCAGACCUCCCGGCGGCCCGACUGGCGCCCGGAUCCCAGGGGGGACAAGGGCACGCUCCUCAGGAACAUCUACCUAAUGAGCCCCCUCCCUUUUCGGUUGAAAAAGCCCUUCCAGCAUCCCCCCAGACAGCUUUGUCCCGGGGACUUCUCGGGCCAGAAGCCAGACCCCCCCAGUCAGCCCCAUCAGGACGAGCCCCCCUCCGGGGGGAGGCCCUUGGUUCCCAGACGCCUGUCUUCCCGGCACACCAUGGCCAGGCUGAGCCGGAUCUCAGAGCCCCCUCAGGAGAGACCCGCGGCCCCGGAGGUCUGCCUGACGGCCUUUAGAAAUGGGAACUCUCUGCCGUGCUCAGACCACAGCCUGGAUAGGAACAACAACCCCCAAAGUGAACUGGGAGCGUCCCUCGGAGAUUCAGAAUCACCAAGGCAUUUUAUACCAGCUGAUUACUUGGAAUCCACAGAAGAAUUUAUUCGGAGACGUCAUGAUGAUAAAGAGAAACUUUUAGCGGACCAGAGACGACUUAAGCGUGAGCAAGAAGAAGCCGAUAUUGCAGCUCGACGCCACACGGGCGUCAUUCCGACGCACCAUCAGUUUAUCACUAAUGAGCGCUUUGGGGACCUCCUCAAUAUAGACGAUACAGCAAAAAGGAAAUCUGGGUCAGAGAUGAGACCUGCCAGAGCCAAGUUUGACUUUAAAGCUCAGACACUAAAGGAGCUUCCUCUGCAGAAGGGAGACGUCGUGUACAUUUAUAAGCAGAUCGAUCAGAACUGGUAUGAAGGAGAGCACCACGGCCGGGUGGGGAUCUUCCCCCGCACCUACAUCGAGCUUCUUCCUCCUGCUGAGAAGGCUCAGCCCAAAAAGCUGGCACCAGUGCAGGUUCUGGAAUAUGGCGAAGCUGUUGCCAAGUUUAACUUUAAUGGUGAUACCCAAGUAGAGAUGUCCUUCAGAAAGGGCGAGAGGAUCACGCUGCUUCGACAGGUGGACGAGAACUGGUACGAAGGGAGGAUCCCAGGGACAUCCCGGCAAGGCAUCUUCCCCAUCACCUAUGUGGACGUGAUCAAACGGCCAUUGGUGAAAAACCCCGUGGAUUACAUCGACCUGCCUUUCUCCUCCUCCCCAAGUCGUAGUGCCACUGCAAGCCCUCAGUUUCCCGGUCACAGCAAGCUCAUCAUGCCAGCCCCCUCAUCUCUGCCCCACGCCCGCCGAGCCCUGUCCCCUGAGAUGCACGCUGUCACCUCUGAGUGGAUCUCGCUGACCGUAGGAGUCCCGAGCAGGCGGCCUCUGGCCCUGACCCCACCCUUGCCUCCUCUGCCAGAGGCUUCUGUCUAUAGCCCUGAACCCCUGGCCUUGUGGGCGAGGCCCAGCUCCUCCCUUACCCUCAGCCUCCCCCGUUCGAGCUGGUCGGCCCGGGCCACCCCACGCUCGGCAAUCUCCCCGCUGGCCCUGCCUCCCCCGCACAAAGCCUGCUCCCUGGCACCCGGUGCCCAGACCUCCCUCCACGCCAGCGGAGAUGGUGGUGCCCACGUGCCACCUCCAGGGGUCCUCAAGGAUAGCUUCUCCCAGCCGAGGCUUGGGCGUUCGGACAGGGUCAUCUCGGAGCUUAGCGACGCCUUUAGCAGCCAGGGUGAGCCGCAGCCGUGGCGAGAAGGAAGUGGAGCACGUGAGAGGAAAGCAGACAGGGAGGCAGGUGAGAGAUGCCCGGGUGGACCCGCCAUCUCUAAGAAGAGCUGCCUGAGACCGUCAGACGUGGUCAGGUGUCUGAGCACCGAACAGAGACUCCCAGAGCUCCACACCCCAGAGGAGAGCCGGCCCCGCCAGCCCCGGGGUAGCCCUUUCCCGGGAAGGGAGGCUGAGCCCUCAGAGCGGCAGAGAGGUGGCGAGCCGGCCGAGAGGAAGGCCGCUCGGACUGGUGCGAGCGAGCCUUCUCAUCAUUCAUUGAGAGCAGGACCUGAUCUCACAGAAUCUGAAAAGAGCUAUGUGGAAGCAGUUUGCAAUGAGAUCAUAAACAUUGCCGAAAAAUCUGUUCAUUACUGCAGCACUGUUUCUCAUCCCCUUGACUUUCAUCACAAGGUAUCCCCUUCUGACAAUAAAUCAUCUCUAAUCAUUUCUCAGCAACCUCAAGCCCUGCAGCGAAGAGUCACCCCAGACAGGAGUCAAACCUCCCAGGAUUUAUUUAGCUACCAAGCAUUGUAUAGCUAUAUACCACAGAAUGAUGAUGAAUUGGAACUCCGAGAUGGAGAUAUUGUUGAUGUCAUGGAAAAAUGUGACGAUGGAUGGUUUGUUGGUACUUCAAGAAGGACAAGGCAGUUUGGUACUUUCCCAGGCAACUAUGUAAAGCCUUUGUAUCUAUAAGAAGACUGAAAGCCACAGAGAUGAUUUUUAUUGGAGGAUGAAGCAUAACUCAUGAAUUUGUCUCUUUAUUUAAACAUUGAGUCAGUAGGAAAACUAAUGCAGUGGAUAAAGAAAGAAGCAAAAGAGAGGACAGAGAAGUGCAUUUAAAACCUGAGCCUGUCUAAGCUUACUGCGUGUAUCAGACAGGGCUGAACCACGCAGAAAAGGAAUGAGGCAAGUUGGUAUUUACUCAGCUGCUUCUGGGAGCCGCUCCAGCCCUGCCCUCUUCCCGCGCCCCCCACCCCCACCCCCGCCACCCCCGGCUUGAGUAAUCUGACCUGCAGCAUGGUCCAGGAGCAGUUAGGCCAGAUAAUGCUUCUUGCUGCUUCAGGCUUGACCGGCUUUGGCUCAAAAGGGUCGUUUAGCCCGCAGGAGCCCUCGGAGCACCAGGCAGAUCCCCAGCCAUCCUCCAGGGCUCCGCACAGACUCCCCCAAUCGUCCCCGAGCCUGCCGGUACCCUAGUGCUGUGAGAGGCCAGUCAGGGCUGCCAAGGCGAUCCCUAAACCGUGGUGGAGACCCCGAACUACCCAAGGCCAAGCCCCUCACUGGAGGUGGGUGGGGAAAUGGAGUUCAAAGUAGGCGCCCAGUGCAUUCAGCCUGCAUGCAGCUUUGCCAUUGAUGCCCCCGGUGUUCAGCCAGAAAAGCACACAAGGUUUGCCCCUGGAGCAGGGUGGCCAGGCAGAUAGUUAAAUUUGUAUUUCCAGGUGAUUGAUUAAGUCAAGAAGCCCUGUAGCUUUUGAGGUCCCUUGCAGUGGCUCCUUCCCCAUAUCACUGGCUGUUAUGAACGGUCACCUUGAGGGCAGCACAGUUGCAUUUAGCAGAAUGCCAUUGCUACUCUUUCUUUUCUGGAUUGUUUUAGGCCAGGACAGUUUGGGGUUGAUAGGCCUAUUCUCACAGAGAACCAAGGAUGGUGUUCAGUGACUCAUGUAACGUACACCCGUGUACACUGGAUGCCAGGGGCCACUGAUGAGCAAGGCAUGCUCCAAGCCUUAGAAGAGGGUCACCGUGUCUCCAUUUUCAUUCCCCAUGGGAGUCCAAGGACUACCCCAAAAGUAGGAACCCAGGGUUAUGAAUCCUGACUCACCCUGUGAGGCUUCUCUUUAGAGCAGAGGUGCAGAUGCAGUGGCCCUAAGAAUGAGGCCGUGAUUCUGCCACUCCCAGGAGGCCGGUCUUUUGUGGGGAACAGAGCCAAGGACAGAGGCGCCUGGGGUGUUCAGUCACAACUUUAUCCAAUUCAAGGAUGCUUAUUGGCCACUCUGUUAGACACCUUGGAGAGAUAAAGAUAGAAAUGACUCAUUCCCUGCCUGCUGGGAACUCAGAGGUUGUUGGAGAGACAGACACACAAAAAUACUAAAUCAAGAGAGACUGUGAUAAGUGCUAAGAAAGGUGUGAGAGAGGAAGAGAUGAAUUUUCCCUGAAGGGACCCUAGAAAGCAUCGUCAUAUUUCUGUCUCCAUUAGCUCACUUUGAACAACUAGGAUGCUGGAAGAACCUUUGUCUGAGGGUGGUGUAUGGCUGGAAAUACUUGGAACUGUUUCCAGGGUCUUCAAACUCUCAUCCUGCCCACAAAUACACAUCCAAGGUCACAAAUAGGAGUAGCAGUUCCAGGUUGAUAGGGUGUGUACAGGAACCCUGACUCUUUGCAUAUAGCUCAGAAUUGGCCUAGGACCCAUGUCCCAGAGUCUGUAUAAGCACGCAAAGUUUGUCUUCAGUGCCUCAGCUUCUCUCUCCACUACUCAUGACCUCCGUCAGCUGCCCACCCCCAUCAGAGAGCCCACAGUACCCUCCCUCCCUGUCCUUCAAAGCCUGCUCUCAGGAAAGCAACUGCCACUGACUCCUUCACAGUAAAGUAUAAAUGACUGAUAAGAGGAAGGUGUUAUUUCUUCCCAGAAACACUGGCUUUUAACUAGAACAGAGCAGAGCCUUAAUCCCAAGGGGAAAAGGCUGUGGAACUAAUGGUGGAGGUGGGGCUGGGGCUAUAGGUGAGGGGGGAUGAGCUUCCUGGGUAGAAAGGGACUUCUUGAUAUUCCUUAAGUAAGAAAGACUCAGUGCUUUGGAAGGUCCACCUCACCAUCCAAGGGCACUCUGUUUCUGUCUCUCCUCCCCCUCCGAAUAUAGUUCCCCCUCCGAAUACAGUUCAAGUGCAUAUCCCCAUGCAUUUCACAUAGCAGCAUCACGCAUUUUGGAAUGUAUAUUGGCUAAUGUGUUUCCUGGUCUUUCUUAGAUGCAAACCAUUCAUAACACGAUCUUAUCUGUUUUUUUGAGGGGUGCUUAUUGAUUAAGUAGGUAAGUUUGAACACCUCUUUAAAUACAGCUAGAAAAUAAACCAAUUUGUAAAGCCACAUUUGCAUAUGAUGCCAGCCACAUGACUUUGUAUAUCUCCAGAAUCCCAGGUAUGCCUCACCAAUUUGCCCAUCUUUAAUAAACUCAUCUGUUAAAAUUUGCAUCAAACUUCAGCUUCCCACAUAUGACACAACAAGGAACAAAGGGUUCCAACUGCCCCUUUGUCUUCAGACAUUUAGUAAUACAAAAUACCUAUUUUUAUGCUGAGAUAUUUAUACAGGUUUAUUAAUCGCAAGUGCAACUAACUGGCGGCGUGCCCUGCAACACAUUUUGAUAGAUUAGCCAUGCUUCUGGGUAAAGGCAAGCCCCACACUACUUAACUUUUGCAGUCUUUCUGGGAUCAGUAAGAGAAAAAAAAAUCACAUGCUUAAGAAGUGGGACUGUAAAUAUGUAUAUUUAACUUUGUAUAGUCCAUGUACCUACUUUGUAUAGAAAAAUAAUUUUAAAAAUUUGAACCGAAGGGGGAGUAAAAUAAGGAAGUCAUGAAGUUUUUUUGCAUAUUUAAAUGAAGGAAUUCCAAAAUAACUUUACCUGCAGAUUUUUAGCACAAAAAUAGCCCUUGUAAAGUGUUAUAAUUUUAAAUAUUCUUUCUGGGAGAGAAGGUAACUGUUAUCUCAAUUAUAGUGGUUUUUCUUAUUUUUUGAUUUUUUUUUUUUUUUUUGCAGUCCUAUUUAUCUGCAGUAGUAUUCAGGCCUAUUGCUAGAAUAGGUUACUACAAAAAAUAUUAUAUUCUGAAAGAAAAAUAACUGACAUUAUAUAUAACCAGUUAAAGUAUUGCCAUUUAAAUUACACACCAAGAGCAUGUACUAUGCAGACACAGAUAUUUCUGUUCAUCUAUUUUUCUUUAUGCAGUGGAUCGAUCUGACAAAUAGAUGUUGAAUUACUACAUUGGCUGUACAUGUUAUUUAAUAAACUUCAUUCAGAAUUGCGUGGCA